AUGGAAGAACUAGCAUUAUUAGUGAGACAGCGCGGUAGAGUUCGAGCGAGACUCACGGCUUUUAAAACUUUUUUGGCAAAGCUUAACGACAAUCCGGAAAAGAUAGUCGAAAUACGUAGUCAAAUAGAAAAGGCUGAACAAUUAUGGAUAGAAUUUGAUACAAUUCAAAAUAAAAUUGAAGAUAUUGAUGAUUCUGAUAUACAAGAAUCAGAAAAAAUAACGUUUGAAGAUUUAUAUCAUGAAUUAUUGUCUAAAGCUCGCACAAUAUCGAUGAUUGAAGGCUCAACUUCUUCGGCUACUAAUUUUAAUAUACAGCCUAUCGCGCAAAACAAUCCAUUGAUUGUUCGUCCAAUGGUAAAAUUGCCUAAUAUUGAUUUACCAAAAUUUGAUGGAAAUUAUGAGAGGUGGAUACCUUUCAGGGAUUUGUUCGAGUCACUUAUCGCGUCGAAUGUUGUAUUACCCAAUGUGCAAAAAUUACAUUAUUUAAGAUCUGCAUUGACAGGCGAAGCCGCCAAAGUGAUAGACUCAUUAGAAAUUGGUAAUGAUAAUUACGCGGUAGCAUGGAAUUUAUUAAAGCAAAGAUUUGAAAAUAAAAGAUUAAUAGUACAAUAUCUUAUUCAAAAGUUACUUGACAUUCCAGCUAUCAUUAAAGAGUCACAUGCAGAUCUUAGACAAUUGGUGGAUAAUAUUUCACAAUAUACACAGUCGUUAAUAAAACUCGGCCAACCUGUAGAGAGUUGGAGCACGAUAAUUAUCCAUAUCAUUUUACCGAAAAUUGACAAAGGAUCUCGACGUGAAUGGGAAGCCAAGCGAUCUGUUAUAGAAGCGUUUCCUACGUUAACUGAAUUUAUAGAUUAUCGCAGUGGUUUUUUAGAAGCGGUGAAUCGGGCGAAUCAAAAUUUGCAAGGCGUAAGUAAUCACGUGCGGAGGGAUAAUAAAACUCAUCCAAGCCAUACUAAGAAUGUAACUCAAGCAUAUGUAACGUCAAGCGAUUCAUCGUGCGUACUGUGUUCAGGUAAUCAUCGGUUACGUGAAUGUCAAGCAUUUCUUAAAAUGCCAGUUAGGGAUAGGAUAUCCGAAACAAAAAAGAAACGUUUGUGCAUAAAGUGUCUUAGAGAAUUUUAUGGUCGAAGUUGCAAGGCAUCUAAUUGUAAAACAUGUAAAGGUUAUCAUAAUACACUUUUACACAUAACUGAUUCACCAGAUGAAAGAUCAUCCGAAAGGGUUGAAUCGAAUAACACAGACACAGUAAAUACUGUUCUCAAUCAUUGUAGCGUUAGAGAUGUUACUCAUGUGUUUCUUGCUACUGCUAUUAUUUACAUACGCGAUUCUCACGGCAACCCACACGAAUGUCGCGCUCUUCUUGAUAGCGGAUCGCAAUCUAAUUUCAUAACAAAAAAUUUUUGUGAACGCUUGCAUUUAACACACAAAACUAUUGAUCUUAAAAUUAAAGGUAUUAGUAACACUCCGAUUAGCGCUAUUCAGACGAUUCAAGCGACCAUCGAAUCACGAGUGAAUUCAGCAAAAUUUACAAUUCCAUUUAUAAUAAUUAAUCAAAUAACGGAAUAUUUGCCAACAAUUAAAAUAAGUCAAAUCAAAUUCGACAUACCGCCAGAAAUAAAACUAGCGGAUCCAACUUUUUGUACACCUGGGAAAAUAGACGCAUUAUUAGGCGCUUCCAUUUUUUGGGAAUUAAUGUGCAUGAGACAAAUACGAUCUGCAGAAAAUACUCCUAUUUUUCAGGAAACAUUAUUAGGAUGGAUAAUAUUUGGCGCGAUUCCCAUCGAUGACAAAAAACAACGCAAUAAUGAAGUAUAUUGUGGAUUGUCUACUUGCGCUUUACAGCAACAAUUAGAAAAAUUUUGGACGAUCGAGGAAGUUAAAGUCCCGCCACAUUGUUCGUCUAAAGAAAAACAGUGCGAAGAGCAUUUUAUUUCUACUCGUAGAGAUAUAGAUGGUCGUUUUAUAGUACAACUACCGCUAAAGGAUACAGCAGAAAAUUUAGGAGAAUCAUAUAUUAUUGCGGAAAAACGUUUUAAAGCAUUAGAGAGAAAGCUGGAAAGGCAAUCUGAAUUAAAGGCUCAGUAUCAUGAAUUCAUGGCGGAAUAUUUAAAGCUGCACCACAUAAGUGAAGUUCAGAUCGAAGAAAAACAUAAUAAGCCAGCUUACUAUAUUCCGCAUCAUGCUGUAACAAAAGAGGAUAGUACAACGACAAAACUAAGAGUCGUCUUCGACGCGUCAUGUAAAACAUCAUCUGGAAAAUCCUUGAAUGAUAUACUCAUGCUAGGGCCAAUUCUUCAAAAUAGUUUAUUUGAUAUUAUAAUUCGUCUAAGACAACAUAAAUAUGCCAUGGCAGCCGACAUUGCCAAAAUGUAUCGCCAGAUUGCAGUAGAUCAUAAAGAUCGCAAAUUCCAACGUAUUUUAUGGAGAUGGGACAAGAAAGAUCCUGUACAAACAUUUGAACUCAAUACAGUUACUUAUGGUAUGACGAGCUCACCAUUUUUGGCAAUUCGAUGUUUACAGGAAGUCGCACAACAGAUGAUAUCUGAAUAUCAAAAUGCUGGUGAAACAAUAAUAAGAGAUUUCUAUGUGGACGACCUAUUAACGGGAGCGGAUACAAUAGGGGAACUUAUACAACUGAAACAAGAGAUUAUACAUAUUUUAAGUUUUGGAAAAUUUGAAUUGAGAAAAUGGAUCUCCAAUCUUGCACAAAUCUGUGAUCAAUUUGACAAUGAAAAAAGACAAAUUACAUCGAACGAAUCGACGAAAAUUCUCGGCUUGUUAUGGAAUACUAAGACUGAUGCCUUUCAAUAUCGAAUAAAAUUAAAUAUUAGUGAGAAUAAAACAACUAAACGUAUUAUAUUAGCUAAUAUUGCACAGAUAUAUGAUCCGCUCGGAUUAUUAGGCCCCAUAAUAGUACAAGGUAAAAUACUGAUGCAAUACCUGUGGCAAUCAAAAUGUAAAUGGGAUGAAGGAGUUACUACGGAAAUUAAAGAUAUGUGGCUUCAAUGGAAGUCACAGAUUGGUAGUGUAGAACAGCUUACAAUUCCGAGAAGAAUGCUUUGUGAUAAUCCUGAAGAAAUAGAAGUACAUGGGUUUUGUGAUGCAUCGGAAAAAGCAUAUGGAGCAUGCUUAUAUUUUCGUACUACUAAUUCGAGAGAAAAUUAUACUGUUAGAUUAGUAUGUGCUAAGUCACGUAUAGCACCUAUUAAAAGAGUGUCAUUGCCAAGACUGGAAUUAUGCAGCGCAGUUUUAUUGGCCAAUUUAGUUAGAAAUGUAUUACAAUCCUUGACAAUACAAAUACAUAAAGUAUAUUAUUGGACUGAUUCCACUAUAGUCCUUGCAUGGAUAGCACGAGAGCCUACACAUUGGAAAACAUUUGUAGCCAAUAGAGUGGCCGAGAUACAGCGUGAAACGAAGAACGCACAAUGA